GAUUCGAAUGGACCUAAGAUCAUUAUCUCGUUAUGGUUCCUCACAAUAUUGUCCUUCGUCCUUAUGGCCCUUCGUUUUGUCUGUAAAUACUGGUAUAGCAAAGGCUUCGGUGGCUUGGAUGACAUUAUUCUCUUCAUAUCCUGGGUCUUUGUCCUUCUCUACUGCGUGUUGACCGGGACUGUAGCUGUGAGUUAUGGACUAGGCAAGCACACCCAGGACGUCAACCCUCGCGAUAUGUCGACGGCUCUCAAGUACAUGAAUAUUGGAGACUUCUUCCUUAUACUUGCAAUAGCAGUCAGCAAAAUGUCUUUUUCGGUGACACUGUUGCGCAUUACGGUCCGUGGCUCGCACAAAUGGUUCAUCUGGUUCGUGAUGGUCUCCACCAACCUGGUCAUGUUCGCCUGUGCUUUCUUGAACCUUCUGCAGUGCGCGCCGGUGGAGAGCCUCUGGGAUCAGAAUAUUAAGGGAAAGUGUGUGCCUCCGUCAAUGGUUAAUUCCUACUCAAUUUUUUCUGGGUCGUAUUCGUCGUGUGCCGACAUGCUCCUCGCCGCAUGUCCCUGGUUGAUAAUCCGACAUCUACAAAUGAAUCGGAAAGAGAAAGCAGGUGUUAUCGUGGCCAUGUCGUUUGGAAUAGUGGGAGGCAUAACAGCAGCGGUGAAGACAUCCUUUCUUCCGGGUAUGAUACGCUGGAAAGACCCCUUGUUCGACGCAGCGGACCUCCUCAUUUGGGCUACUCUUGAAUCUUCGUUAUGUAUUAUCGCGGCUUCUAUUCCCUUUCUCCGCGUGCUGGUCCGCGAUGCAUCAUCAUCAUCAAACAAAGCGUCGCGUCCGUAUGGACAGAGC